CCGCGCCGCCGCCCCCCGCCCGCCCUCCCGGGAAGCGCGGGCACGGCCCCGCCGCUGCCGCUGCCGCCCGCGGGGAGACGCGUCCCGCGCCCGGCGGCCCCGCACGCCGCGCCAGAUCCCCCCUUGCAGUGCAGGGGGGUCCCGCACCCCCCCCCCCCCCCCCGGAGCACAUCCUUGCCGGCACCCUGUGAUGGCCCUGGGACCUGCUGCCUCCCCGCAGCCAGCCGGAGAAGAGGAGCCAGUGGGGACGGCCAGGGAGGGGGACUGACCCCCCAUCCAUGGCAGGGGGCAACCGCCUGGGGCUACCGGAGAGCAGCCCAGCGCCCAGGGCCUGUGCCCGUCCUUCGUCCCCCCGCCGUGCGCUCUGCUGCCCAGGAGGCUCCUGGCGAGCCCCGGCCAUGUAGGCGCAGCCCGGGGCUCCGCCGAAGGCCACCGUCAACAUGCAGCAGGGCUACGCGGCCAUCCUGUGUGUCCUGGCUGUGCUGGGGCUGGAGGCUGCUGCGCCGGGCGAAUGCGAGCUCACCCGCCUGCUCCAGGACAAGCUGCAGUACGAGAUGCGCCUGCAGUACAUGAAACACUACUUCCCCAUCGACUACACAGUCCAGGUCCAGUACGAAGAGGUGCUGAGGCCGUCCAACAUCACCCGCCUGCGCAACGGGACGGUGUCAGAGGCAGCGCUGCGAUACCUCUGGUUCCACGUCAGCUCCCAGGCGGUGCUGCGGAUCCGCGAGGUGCUGCCGGAGAAGCACCCAUCCUGGAAGUACACCCAGGAGCUGUGCCAGCUCUUCGACGCCCUGGGCAAGGAGUACAGCAAGUACCGGCAGACGGACGUGGAGGCGGUGGUGGCCGACCUGGUGAAGCUGGUCCACAGUGCGGGCGCGGAGAGCCAGAGGAAGGCCGUGCGCCCCAAGGCGCUGCUGGACAACUGCCUCAAGGUCAUGCGGAUGCUCUACGGGGUGCCCUGUCGGUGGGAGUCCACCUAACGCCGCAGAAGACCCCUCGCUCGACGCCUUCUCCUUGCCCUGGAGCCUGGGAUGCUGCCUUUGCUCUGCCCCCCGCCCCAGCAGAGCCCCUUGGAGGGGGGGGGCCCAAGGAAGGUGCAAAGAGAGGACAAAUGCCACCCCCUCGCGGACCAAACGCCACCCCCUCCAGGACCGUGGGACUGUGCACGGCCAUGGGGUCAGCCCCAUCCGAAAUGCCAGGCACCUUCUGCAUGGCUGAACGUUGGGUGGGCUCGGACGCAGCCCCCCAUGGGCGGGCAGCUGCCGGCUGCAGGGGGGACGCACGCUGCCCUGCCCUGCCCACAGCGGGGGCGAGGGCAUCGCCUGGUUCCUCUCCGUUUGUAUUUUUUUCCUCCGCUUUCAUUAAACACCAGGUAAUUCUCUAGCGCUCGGCGUUGCAGCUCAGCUUCCGACCGGGUCCCGGGAGCCUCCAGCCUUACCCGAAAUAAAGGACCAGCAGAGAGAGCCCCCA